CGUUUGGACGGAGCGGAGCGCAUGCAGCGCCCGGCCCCGGCUGCCCGCCCGCCUGCCCGCCUGCCUGCUGCUGCUGCUCGUCUGGCUGACUGGCUGCGUUGACGUCAGCACCGUGUUGAUUUGCUGAGGCGAGAGAAGAAAGGAGUUAGUGCGUGUUGAGAGAGCGGGUACUGCGAACUGCCUUACUAUGCUGUAGCCCCAACCCCCGUGCACUUCACGGAGUCAAAACGUGCAACUUAGCGCCGCUCUCCGCUCGCUGCGCCUGUCCUCGCUCAACCUUGCCGCUGAAGUUGCCAGCGGACGCCACUUGGGCUCAGCCAAGUUGGAGAGUUCUGGCUGGGAACAAGUGUGUACCGGAUCGCGCUGCAAGGUUUCAACUUGUUUACAAAGACGGUCAAAAGCUCUCCUGAACGGGGGAAGGCGAGCCUCAUGAGUCGGCCUCGAGUAUUGCAUCGACAAAAUGGAUUUAAGUAAAAUGGGUGUGAUUCAGCUCCAGAACCCCAACCAUCCCACCGCCCUGCUGCAGAAGGCCAACCAGAUGCGCCUGGCCGGGACUCUUUGUGAUGUGAUCAUCAUGGUGGACAGCCAAGAGUUUCAUGCUCACCGGACUGUGCUAGCCUGCACCAGCAAAAUGUUUGAAAUCCUCUUCCACCGCAGCAGCCAGCAUUACACCCUGGACUUUCUUUCACCAAAGACUUUUCAGCAGAUUUUGGAGUAUGCUUACACUGCCACGCUCCAGGCCAAGGUGGAGGACUUGGAUGAUCUUCUGUAUGCAGCUGAGAUCCUGGAGAUCGAGUAUUUAGAAGAACAAUGCCUAAAGAUUCUGGAGACCAUCCAGUCCUCGGACGAGAACGACGUGGAGGUCAGCGCUAAUGAUGGCAGCACAGAGGAGGACGAGGAGCGCAAAGGCCAGAAUGGAGCCAAAAUCUCCAAAAAACAUUCCAUGGAGAGCUCCUACCUGUCAGGUACCCAACAGGCUCCCAACAUGUCCGGCGUAGUCGACCAGAGUCCCUCCGUCUCCACUUCCUUCAACGUCUCCAACCUGAGUCCCACCAAAGCCGCUGUCGACAGCCUGAUGAGCAUCGGCCAGUCUCUGCUGCAGCAGGGCUUCGCCGGAGAGCAGCUCAUCCAUGCUAACUCCCACCACCUGAUGUCUGAGAUCAAGACUGAAAACAUGCAGGUGGACAUGGGUGGAAAUGGCCACGAGAGCCCUAAGAACAUGGAGUCCAGCGCCUCCAGCAACGGAGAGCGAAGCGGCGAAGACAGGAACCGAGACGGCCCCGGAACCCCGACUAGGAGCAGCGUGAUCACCAGCGCCCGCGAACUGCACUACGUCCGCGACGACGGCAUGGGCGACCACCAGGCCGAAGUCAGUCAGAUGGGGCUGGAGGCGAUGGCGGGGAUGACGGAGAAACACUUGGCCUCACUGUACUCCUUACCCGUUAACCACAAAACAGACGCCAUGAUGUCCAUGCCGGUGUCCAUGGCCUCCGCUCUCCCCAUGUCUCCAGCCCUGGCUAUGUCCAUGGACUUCAGCACCUACGGGGGCCUCCUGCCGCAAAGCUUCAUCCAGAGAGAGUUCUUCAGCAAGCUGGGGGAGCUGGCAGUGGGCAUGAAACCGGACGGCAGGAACCAGCAUGAGCGAUGCAACGUUUGCGGCGCAGAGCUGCCAGAUAACGAAGCUGUGGAGCAGCACAGAAACAAGAAGUUUACCCCGGGGCCAGCGGCGAGCGAGAAAGAGAAGCGCCACCAUCUGCCAGAAGACUCCAACUUAAUCUGAGCGUAAUCUUUAAGUCAACCUUCCAUAUUAUCAGGCACGGACGGAGGAGAAAAAGCCACGCAGAGAUGUACAACAAGGGCGGCGGUCUCAAAGGCAUUCAUUUGCCAGAACAGAUUUAGUUAUUUUUACUUGGACAAAGGCAAGAGGGGUCAAAGGUCAGCCAGAGAGAACUUUACAGAUGAGGUGGGGUGCGUUGGCGGGUGGGGGGUGUAUGAGCUUCUUCUAUCCUCCACAGCACCACCACCACCACCUUUCACCCUCUUUGUCCUGACGGAACACAAAGGACCCUGUCAAACUGUAGUGGUCAGCAAACCACAGCCAAAGAUUUGAAUCUGGCUGGAGUCACCGACGUCGACCAAUCAGGAGAUGAAGGCGGUCGCUCAUCUUCCCAAAAAAUACUUUUAUGAAACACGUCUUAGUACAGUUCUAUGAUUCUUGCUCAUUUUUGGAGUGGUUUCUGAAAAUUAUGGAUCUUUUUGAAGAUUGAUUAUAGUGAUGCUCUGAUGCAUUAUUUAAAAAUGUAAUAAAAUACAUUUGUUUAUUAACAGGCAC